GGCUCGUUGUUAUGACAACAGCAACAACAAAACCAUCUUCCCCAUAAACCACUUAGGCAGUGAAUCCACCCAGUGUUCUCUGAGGAGCUGGCUUCUAACAGCUCUCUGGGAGAGGAAGAAGGAGAACAUGAGGCCUGAGGAGCUGCCGGAAGGCCAGGCCCGGCCUCGUGGCCAGGUGCUGCAGAAGGGGGAAGGUGCCCAGAGCACGGAGGACGACACAAAGGAGGCAGGAGGGGACGAGUCUACUGAAGAAGGCCCUCCUCUCAGAGAAACAGAACCUCGAACAGACACCAAGGAUUGGAGGCUACCAACCCCCCUGGGACCUGUUUAUCCACCACCAGUCUCAAGUGUGAGCACCAAAGCUGGGGGACGAAGCUGGGAACUGUCUCCUCCCAUUGCAAAGAGCUCCCGGAUACACAACGGCCCUUUCUGGAACUUCCUGGACAUGAAAGCGGAGAAGAGACUGACCUGCCGGAAGGAGCGUCGCAGUCGCUAUGGAGACAUCAAUGUGCACAGACGAUAUCAGCUGGGGCAGGUCUUCACCCCUUUCCAGGCCCUCGCCACCACGGAGAUGCAAAGGCUGGUAUGUCCCCGAGUCCUGCCCAUGAUUCCGCACAUGCGCAAAAUGGGCAUUUUGUGCACCAACGAAAGGAACCUCCAAGAUUUAUCUUUGUCUUCCACAGAGCUGGGCUUAGGAAAAGAUGACAACAACCAUGAGAAAGAGAAAUCAGCACGUCUUAUUAAAACGCCUUUAUUUCCUCCAAUAGAUAAAGCAACAAAGUAUAAUAACAUGAAAUAA